AUGACCUUCUAUUUCGGCUACAACAACGUGGAGCUGCUGUUCAGGCUGCUCAUCAACUCCCCGGAGGAGAUGGUGGGGGCGUGUAUCGGAGUCUUCCUAUUGGCUGUGCUGUACGAGGUGAAGAUGGGCCGGGAGUCUCUGCUGCGCCGUAGUCAGGUCAACGUCCGCUACAACUCGAUGCUCCCGGGGGCAGAUGGUACGGUCCUCAUGGAGACGCACAAGACCGUCGGUACGCAGCGGAUGCUAAGCCCCGCCAACUUCCUGCAGACGCUGCUGCACAUCCUGCAGGUGGUGGUGAGCUACUUCCUGAUGCUCGUCUCAUGA